CAUUUUACCCCCUUUUUACAGAAUGCCAUCUUAGAAAAAUAUCCUCAUGGUGCUAAAACCUCAGAUAUGAGUUUAACAAAAGAUUUCCAACAAGCCAGACUGACAAUAGAACGAUUGGAAAAUGAGAAAAAAGAGAUCCAGCAUGAACUCCAGAUUUACAAGCAGCAAAGUGGAGGGGCCCAGUUAUCAGGUGACGUAAUAACCAAGGUUACAUCCUAUGAUAGACUGAUGGAUGAAAAUGUGGAAAUCAAAAUGCAGCUACGAACAGUGGAGACAGAGAAGGAUAAAUUUAGGCUGGAAAUGGAGAGACUAAAGAAGGAGUUAUCUAACUUUGGUCCAGAUUUCUUUGAGGAAAUAGAAGAUUUAAAAUACAACUACAAGCAGGCUCUUGAAAAGAACAUUUUAUAUGAGGAGCGACUACAACAACUGGGAGUGAGAUAGUGUCUGAGAAAAAGUGGAAUUGGAAUUAUUGUGACAAAGAAUAUACUGCUAUAUUAUAUAUUUUCCUUCUUCUGGAAAAAAUAUCAUUGUAAAAACUUUUCAGCAAAUACAGAGGCAAAUAUGCAUGGCUAUAAGUAGGUUGAUUGAUAGGGCAUUUGCAUGUAUUACUAUUGAAACUGCAUAGUAGUAUAGUUAGUAAAAAUGAAUGAUUUGUAUGCAUAUAUCUCUGAAACAGAUGGAGGGCAUUCAAACUCUUCUUCCGUCCCAUGUGUACAUGGAUAAGUGCAUUCCCACUGGAAUGAUUUUAAUGAAGUAAUCUCUUGUAACUUCAUUUGACUGUAAAAAAUAUUGUAGCUGCGACUGUAAUAAAGAACUUGAUAUAGGAAACUUUAUAUGUGCUUUUUUUUUUGUUUGUAGAUAUAUUAUGUACAGUCUGUCUUUUUGAAGAAAAUGUACAUUGUAGAUCUUGAAAUCAUUUGCCGUCCUUUCAGCAUCUUUAUUAUUAUGUUUAGAGGGGUCUCAUAUUUAUUUGAAUUUCCAUUUCAGAAUAAACAUGGAUGCUAUGUACAAUUUUAUUGGUCUGUAGACAAGGGAAAUCUUUCUAUUCUUAGGUCUCUUUAGUCACUCAAGUAACAUUGCUUCAUUCCUCAGUGCACCAUCCAUAGUUUUAUAUUAUUCUCAGCCGACUGGUUUUCGCUCACCUCGAUGAAGUCAAGAUGAGUUUAUGCUAUACCCCUGGCGGUGGUGUCAGCGUCCCAA